UUGUUAAUUUUCGUGAUUGUAAUGAAAAACCAAAGACAAAAUCAAAUUAAAUUGUAAUUGCUGAAUAUUCAUAAUCACAAUUGUGAAAUUAUGAAUGAUUAUGUGUAUUUAAGCAUUUUAAAUCAUCUCACACGAGUGAACAACAAAGUUGUAUCUUUGCUGCAUGAAUAUUUUACAUUGAUAAGACAACAUUGAUGUUUAUGUAAACAAAACUCAUACGGUUUCAAGCAUCAUACCUUUUGCCGUCUCGUGUGUAAAGUUUUCUUUGCGAUAAUUUCUUGUAAUUUGUGCAAAUAUUACGAAAACAUCGUUGUUGAUUGUUUCUAGACAAUUACGAAGAAUCAAAAUGUCAGAAGAAUCAUUUUACGGUAUUACAUUAACCGCUGAAAAUAAUGCUGUGUUGUGGGAUGUGCUUUCAAAUGACGAAGAUUAUCCCCGGGGCCAAAAAUUAAUAAUUCGUCAAAUUUUAUUAGGUGCUGAAGCCAAAGAAGAUGAGUUCAAUGUUGUCGAGGUACACACCAUUAAAGAUAAUUUGAAGAUUCCUAUUGCGGUAUUGAAAGCUGGCGAAACACGUGCUUGCAAUCCUGACAUUGAGUUUUAUGAAACUGCGGUCACAUUUAAGCUUAUUAAGGGCAACGGUCCCGUGUAUAUACAUGGGCAAAAUAUCAAAGAUGAGGUUGAAGUGGUUGAUAUCGAAGAUGGUGAGACAGAUGAAGAGGACGAUGUCGUCGAAGAAGAGGAAUAUGAGAUUCAGGCCUCACCCAAGAAAAAACUAAAAAUGGAUAAUAACGCCGACGGCAAAACCAUCAAAAAUCGGAAAAAAUAAAUUUGCCGCCCCACUAUUAUACUCACAUUUUCGAUUAGAAC